AUGGCCAACUUAAAGACGUACCGGCAGCAGGAGGGGUUUCACGAUCGGAAAUCUGCCGUUCCGUCGACGGACGCUCCUCCGUUGGAGGACCCGCUCGCUGGCUAUAUAUUCGUGUGCAACAAUGAAACCAUGGAGGAUGACAUAAAACGCGAGCUUUUCGGCUUACCCCAGAAGUAUCACGAGUCGGUGCGGGGGAUUCAACCGGGAAUGCCGCUGUUUCUCUACAACUACACCACGCACCAUUUACACGGCGUCUUCGAGGCAUCAAGCGAAGGUGGCCUGAACUUAGACCCGUCGUUAUCGAAAUUUCCAUCACAAGUUAGGGUUCGCCUGCGAGAGCAACGGUCACCAUUGGACGAGACCAAGUUCCGUCGGUUCCUGUAUCACUACGACGGGCCCAAAUUCCGCCUCGAGCUUUCUCUGACCGAGGUACGUUAA